GUUGUGCCCACUGCUUCUCGUACUCUCAGUGAGCACUUCCAAGAAGAGUCUGGCUCUGUCUUCACUAUCCCCGCUCUUAGGAAGUUGAAGUCCGCAAUUACAUAUUUCAGUCUGUGGUACUAUAAUAAGCAGAAUCAGCGUAGAUGGGUAGAUUUGGACAAGCCUCUGAAAAAGCAGCUGGACAAAUAUGCCUUGGAGCCAACUGUGUAUUUUGGAGUAGUGUUCUAUGUGCCUACUGUUUCUCAACUUCAAAAAAUAAACUUCAUGUAUCAGUAUUAUUUGCAAUUAAAGAAAGAUAUCUUGGAGGGCAACAUUCCUUGCACACUGGAACAAGCAAUACAUCUGGCUGGUUUAGCUGUUCAGGCUGAUUUUGGAGACUAUGAUCAGUAUGAAUCUCAGGAGUUUCUACAAAGAUUUGCUUUGUUUCCAGUGGGUUGGCUACAAGAAGAAAAAAUAUUGGAAGAAGCGACACAGAAAGUUGCCUUGCUACAUCAGAAGUACAGAGGCCUUACUCCUCCUGAUGCGGAAAUGUUAUAUAUGCAAGAAGUAGAGAGAAUGGAGGGGUACGGUGAAGAGACCUAUCCUGCAAAGGACAGCCAAGGAAGUGACAUAUUCAUUGGAGCAUGUCUUGAUGGUAUCUUUGUGAAACACAAAAAUGGUCGUCCUCCUGUUGUAUUUAGGUGGCAUGAUAUUGCCAACAUGUCCCACAACAAAUCCUUUUUCGCGUUAGAGCUGGCAAACAAAGAAGAAACGAUCCAAUUCCAAACUGAAGAUAUGGAAACAGCAAAAUACGUGUGGAGGAUGUGUGUGGCUAGACACAAAUUUUACAGACUAAAUAAAUGCAGCCUAGACUCCCUGGACUCUCCACCUGAGGAGGGCUCUCAGAAGUCUUCCCUCAUUCUUUCCCUUCCACGCUUUCCAAUCCUUUCUCGUCCUUCACUUCCCAAAGGGCAAGCCCAGCCCGUUACAGUGAAUCCUGUUAGAAGGCGGUCUUCGUCCAGGAUGUCUAUGCCCAAGCCUCAGCCUUAUAUGAUGCCUCCACCACCUCAGCUGCAUUACAAUGGUCAUUAUACUGAACCAUAUGCAUCCUCCCAAGAUAACCUCUUUGUGAGCAAUCAGAAUGGAUACUACUGUCACUCUCAGACUAGCUUGGAUAGAGCCCCUCAUGACUACAGUGGUCGGAUCCGCAAUGGUAGUGUCUAUAGUGCACAUAGCACCAACUCCUUGAACAAUCCACAACAUUACUUGCAGCCGUCCCCCAUGUCCUCUAACCCAAGCAUUACUGGAAGCGAUGUCCUCAGAACUGAUUAUGUCCCAUCACAUAGACAUAGUGCACUAAUACCACCUUCUUACCGUCCCACACCAGACUAUGAAACUGUGAUGAGACAGCUCAACAGGGGAAUGGUGCACACAGAUAGGCAGAGUCAUUCAAUGAGAAAUCUUAACAUCAGCAAUUCAUAUGCUUACAGCAGGCCUGAUGCCUUAGUUUACAGUCAACCUGAAAUACGAGAACAUGCUCACUUCGCUUCCCCCCAGUCUAAUCAUUAUCCAUUUAACCUGAACUACAGCUUUCAUAGCCAAUCCCCCUAUCCCAUCCUGUACCCGGCUGAAAGGCGCCCGGGUGUUGGGGCAGUCAGUGUGCCUGAGUUGACAAAUGUGCAGCUCCAGGCUCAGGACUAUCCAGCACCAAAUAUAAUGAAGACCCAAGUCUAUCGACCACCUCCACCAUACCCGUACCCAAGACCUGCAAAUAGUACUCCAGACCUUUCACGACAUAUCUACAUUAGCAGCAGCAAUCCAGAUCUUAUCACAAGGCGAGUGCACCAUUCUGUCCAGACAUUUCAGGAAGACAGCCUGCCUGUGGCACAUUCUCUUCAGGAAGUCAGUGAACCUCUGACGUCGGCACGCCAUGCUCAGCUGCAGAAAAGGAACAGUAUUGAAAUAGCAGGGUUGACUCCCAGCUUUGAAGGAAUAAGAAUUAAAGAGAGGACCAUGUCAGCUUCUGCAGCAGAUGUGGCUCUUCCAAGAGUUAUCUCAGAAGGGUCACAGCCCAACAUUCUGAUGGAGAGAACAAAGCAAAAAGAAAGUGAGCAAGAGGAAGGUGUGAACUGUGAUCAUAAGAAAACCCUUUCAGAUGCCACUAUGCUGAUUCACAGCAGUGAGGAAGAAGAAUUUGAAGAAGAAAACAAGGCUAGUACAAGUCUUUCUCCUCUCCCUGAAGAUCAAACCCAACUUUCAUCCGUUAUGAGUGGUUAUUCUCAUGAUUCAGUACUGAACUACCCUUAUAGCUCUGUUGCUUCAUCUGCUGGCCCUUUGCAUAUUCUUGAGCCUAAAUUACAUAUCACAGAGACAGAAAAGAGAAUGAAAGAUAUGAGCCCCAUUCACUUACUAGUAGAAAGCCAGGUACAGAGAAGAGGGGAAGGACUGCUUACUCCAUCUAUGUCGGAAUCUGAUCUUACAACAUCAGGGAGAUACAGAGUAAGGAAAGACUCAGUAAAGAAGAGACCUGUGUCUGAUCUUUUGUCUGGGAAGAAGAAUAUUGUGGAAGGCCUUCCCCCACUAGGUGGUAUGAAAAAGAAUAAAAAUGAUGCAAAAAAAAUAGGCCCUCUAAAGCUAGCUGCCCUAAAUGGACUUGCUUUGACUAGAAUGCCUCUGCCAGAUGAGGGGAAGGAAGAAUCAACACGAGCAACAAAUGAUGAACGGUGUAAAGUUCUGGAACAACGACUAGAGCAGGGGAUGGUGUUUACUGAAUAUGAGCGCAUUCAGAAAAAAAGACUUAUAGAUGGUGAGUGCUCAAUAGCUCGGCUUCCUGAAAAUGCUGAAAGAAACCGGUUCCAGGACGUCCUUCCUUAUGAUGAUACCAGAGUAGAACUAGUCCCAACCAAAGAAAAUAACACGGGUUACAUCAAUGCAUCUCAUAUCAAGAUCUCUGUUGGCAGCAUAGAGUGGGAUUACAUUGCUACGCAGGGCCCUUUGCAGAAUACAUGUCAGGAUUUCUGGCAGAUGAUCUGGGAACAAGGGAUUGCCAUCAUAGCUAUGGUGACGGCAGAGGAAGAAAGUGGGCGAGAAAAAAGCUUCAGAUACUGGCCACGUCUUGGUUCAAGACACAACACUGUAACAUAUGGAAGAUUUAAGAUUACGACACGAUUCCGUACUGACUCAGGCUGCUAUGCAACUACGGGAUUGAAGAUUAAACAUCUUCUUACAGGACAGGAGAGAACAGUUUGGCAUCUGCAGUAUACUGACUGGCCAGAGCAUGGCUGUCCAGAGGAUAUAAAGGGAUUUCUCUCAUACUUGGAAGAGAUACAGUCAGUGCGGCGCCAUACGAAUAGCACUGCGGAUCCUAAAAACUCUAAUCCUCCUGUGCUGGUACAUUGCAGUGCAGGUGUAGGACGAACAGGAGUGGUCAUACUGUCAGAGAUCAUGAUCGCUUGCUUGGAACACAAUGAGAUGCUGGACAUCCCACGAGUGCUGGACAUGUUGAGGCAGCAGAGAAUGAUGAUGGUGCAGACUCUUUCACAGUACACUUUUAUCUAUGGAGUUCUCAUUCAGUUUCUCAAAAGUUCUAGACUCAUAUAAUCUCUGCCACUUCCUAAGGAACACCGCAAGAGUUUACAGAAAGAAAAUCACAGUUGUCCAGGCAGAACUGCUCUCACUGGUGUUUUCUUCAUAUGAUGAAUCACACAGUUACCUUUUAGGGCUGGUAUG